UUGAUUCAAAUUUGUCGGACAAAAUCUAUUCUUAUAUCACUAAUUUUUUUAGCGCACAGUUGAUUUCGAUUGGAAUUCUGAACUCAACACGGAGAAAACUCCAUGCAAGGCUUGAUAAGAUCCCUUGCUUGAGGUAGGAGACGACACUCCAACCCUGAAAUUAGCGGCGCAAGCCACCUUCACUGUUAUCUCCGAGCUUACAUUUCUCCGGUGAUUAUUACUCUGUUUAUAACCUCCCCUGCCUGAAACUGCAUGGCCACUACUUAUUCUUUCUUGCUCUGUUUCUUUCUCUGUCUUCUACAUGUCCCCUUUGCAAUCUCCCAGAUUCUUUUUCUCCCUCUCACUCACUCCCUCUCCCAUCACCACUUCACCUCCACCCACCACCUUCUCAAAUUCGCCUCCACCCGCUCCGCCGCCCGCUUCCAUACCCACCACCAUCGCCAAGUCUCUCUUCCUCUCUCUCCGGGUAGUGAUUAUACUCUUUCCUUCACUCUUAACUCUGUCCCUCCUCAACGCCUCUCCCUUUACCUUGAUACUGGCAGCGACCUUGUCUGGUUCCCUUGCCACCCCUUCGAAUGCAUUCUCUGCGAAGGCAAAGCAGAAAACGACACUGUUUCAUCAGCUCCGCCACUGAAACUUUCCACCACAGCUAGAAAGGUCCACUGUGAAUCAUCUGCAUGUUCUUCUGUGCAUUCUAACCUCCCCACCUCCAAUCUCUGUGCUAUUGCUAAUUGUCCUUUAGAGUCCAUUGAAACUUCCGAUUGCCGAUCAUUUUCUUGUCCUCCUUUCUAUUAUGCAUACGGUGAUGGGAGUCUUGUUGCUAGCCUUUACCGUGACUCUAUAGCACUUCCAUUUGCAACCCCAUCUUUGAUACUCCAGAAUUUCACCUUCGGUUGCGCCCACACCGCCCUAGCCGAGCCAGUUGGGGUUGCUGGGUUCGGCCGCGGCGAACUUUCCUUGCCUGCUCAGCUGGCUUCCUUCUCUCCCCAACUAAGUUAUCAGUUCUCAUACUGUUUGGUGUCUCAUUCAUUUGACUCAGACCAAAUCCGCCUCCCAAGCACACUCAUUCUUGGUCGUUCAGACGAGAAGAAGAAAAUGGCAAAUAACAAUGAUCGUCCUCAAUUUGUGUUCACUUCUAUGCUUGAUAACCCGAAACACCCUUAUUUUUAUUGCGUUGGGCUCAAUGGGAUUUCUAUUGGCAAGAAGAAAAUUCCGGCACCGGCAUUUUUGAAAAGUGUGGACGGAGAGGGAAGCGGUGGAUUGGUUGUGGAUUCUGGAACCACUUUUACUAUGUUGCCGGCGAGUUUGUACAACUCGUUGGUGACUGAGUUUGACAACCGAGUUGGGCGAUUCCACAAUAGAGCCAAAGACAUUGAAGAAAAGACAGGGCUCGGCCCGUGUUACUAUUAUGAUACUGUAGCGUACGUCCCUAGUUUGGUCUUACAUUUUGUGGGGAACGAAUCUAGUAUAGUGCUGCCUAGGGAAAAUUACCUUUAUGAAUUUUUGGACGGUGGAGAUGAAGCAAGUAUGAAGAGGAAAGUUGGGUGUAUGCUGAUAAUGAACGGAGGAGAUGAGGAUGAGCUGAGAGGUGGGCCCGGGGCGAUACUGGGGAACUACCAGCAGCAGGGGUUUGAGAUUCUAUAUGAUUUGGAGAAGGGGAGGGUUGGGUUUGCCAGGAGGAAAUGCGCAUCCUUGUGGGAAAGCUUAAACCAGGGCUAACGUGCGCCAGAGUUGACAUCUGAUAUGAAAGUUGAAAUCCAAGGUGGGUUUGACCUGUGUGAAAUACUUGCAUUAAGGCAAAAAAUGAAGCUAUAAAGAGCAGGUGUAAAUUUGACAUUUUAAAAUAAAUUUAAUUUUCUGAAUUUUAUUAAUAAAAAGUGUUUAA